AUGGCCGCCACAGGAAAGGAGGCUGCUGCGAUGGACAGCAUCUCCAGAGUACCCCCGGCCCAUCCCACCGUCCUCAGCCUGGGAGGGAGCUCCGAACCCCAGGGAGAGCCUGGCGAGACUGCUGCUGAGGGCCAGGUUGUGCCCACGGCGCCCAAGAAGCCCACCACCACCACCAGCAGCAGUGACGGUGGGGUGGAGACUGCAGAGGAGGCCGUAGAGCCAGCAGAGUCGGACAUCAAUGAGCUCUGUACAGACAUGUUCGAUAAGAUGGCUGUCUUCCUACAAGGAGAACUCACAGGCACCUGUGAGGACUACCGUCUGCUGGAGAACAUGAAUAAGCUGACCAGUCUGAAGUACAUGGAGAUGAAAGGCAUCAGCAUUAACAUCAGCAGGAACCUGCAGGACCUCAACCACAAGUACGCCAGCCACCAGCCCUAUCUAGACCAAAUAAUCCAGAUUGAAGAACAAGUGUCGUCUCUGGAGCAGGCUGCUUAUAAACUGGACACCUACUCCAAAAAGCUUGAGGCCAAGUUCAAGAAACUGGAGAAGCGAUGAGGAGGAGUAAAUAUGGAAGA